GCCCUGUACAAGUCGCCGUGGGCGCGGCUGUUCUGCUACGGGAUCGGCCACCAGCUCCGAAAGAACGGCCACGUGGCUCUGCAGGAGGUCACCUGCUACCCUCGCGACGCCGCCAUCGCGGGAACGGGCGGCCUGACGCCCCCGCCGCUCGCUGACCAGUACCCUCCCGCCAUCUUACCCUGCGACCGCGUACACAUCAGGGUGGGCGUGUCCCCCCCGCCCGGUUACGUUGUCACGAUCCACGCGGUCCCGCCCGAGUUUGCGCUCGCCAUUUCCUUUAUCGAGGAGCUGAUCUCCGUGAAGCAUCACGUGGACAGUAAGGGCGACGCCCGGAUGGAGGAACAGGCGGCCAGCUCGUACGACAUCCCGUCAGGCGCGUUCGUACAUCUGGUGGAGCUGCUCGGAGGGUAUGUCUGGAAGUCGGAUGUCCCGGCGAUGCUAAAGGAGAUCAUGUUUCACCUCCUGGCGGAGCUGCUGAGAGCGUCUCAGUCUCGGAAGGAGGACGGAGACGUGUGCCUGAUCACGCUGAGUCCGUCACUGGCACUGCUGAUGCACGUCAACCUGCAGGCGGAGCUGAAGAAGCUUUACGAGCACGAGAACAAGAGGCGGCAGCGGGGAGACGUGAUCGGGAGCGGCGAAUACUCCCGCUUCUCAUCGUACUUCCACGCCCUGAUGGAGGGGGAGACCGUAACAAACGACGCCGUGGCGGACGCGUGCCAGACCCUGACUGUGCCGACGGCUCACUCUCGCCUGCUGGUGAUCUCUGGGAUCCCCAUGCACCUGGAGCAGGGUACAGUCAGGGACGCCAUCCGGAAGACUGACGAGCUUCACACUGUGUCCUGUAUGAAUAACGCAAGUAUUGUGGCAGUCACGGAAACAUGGCUGAAAGAAGACAUUCCUGACGCGGUAAUUGCGUUACCAGGAUACGAUGUUUACAGAAGGGACCGGGCAGCACGUAGAGGCGGCGGGGUGGCCAUGUACAUUCGUUCUGAGCUCCAGUGUAAGCGACUAGCGGAACUGGAUCACGAUGACCAUGAAGCAUUAUGGAUGUGGACCACAGAGCCUUCCAGAAAGGUGGCAGUUCUGACAACCAUACUAAAAGGACUACUUGACAAAGCUGUACCUGUUAAGAAAGUCAAGAUUUCCACCGCUGAUAAACCAUGGAUGACUGUGAGUAUUAAGGAGUUGCUUGCAGAGAGACAACAGGCAUUCCGCUCCGGAAACGUUACUCUGUACUCCAAGUUAAGGAAUUCUGUGGCCAAGCAUAUCAAGAAAGCAAAACGGGAGUACUAUGAAAGAGAAGUAGCUAGCUUGAGGCACUCCAGCCCAAGACACUGGUUCAAGUCCAUCAAGUCCCUUAUGGGAAAGGACUCUGUUAAGGAGGAUGUCUCCAAUCCCAACAUCACCGUGACACAAAAUGAAUGUGACACGCUUGCAGAGCAUUUCGGGUCUGUGUGGAGUGAAGUGUCCCGUACUGUUCCAACGUUGGCUGAUGUCGAGCACAAGCUCUCGCAUGAUACACCCACACCGUUCAGUAUUGGUCAGGUUAAGGCCAGACUGCGCAGACUCAAUGGGAGGAAAGCCGCUGGGCCAGACCUCAUUCCUUCCUGGUUACUGAAGCAGUAUCAUGAAGAACUUGGUCCUGUUUUAUGUGACGUCUUCAAUUCUUGUCUUCAGAACUCCGCCUUUCCGCAGCAAUGGAAAGAGGCUGUAGUCACGGCAGUGCCUAAGAAACAACGACCACAGUUCCCAUCGGAAUACCGACAAAUUUCGUUAGUCAGCUGCGUCGGGAAAGUGUAUGAAGGGCUGCUCCGUGAUGCUUUGCUACAGGACACUGCCAGUAGCCUCGCACCGUCUCAACAUGGCUUCCUGUCAAGGAGAUCUACGGUUACUGCGUUGAUACACAUCCUCCAAACGUGGCACGAAGCGUUAAACAGUAACCCGAAGUUGGACGUUCAUGCUGUGUUCGUUGAUUUUUCCCGUGCAUUUGAUACCAUCAGUCAUAGUCAACUGCUCAUGUGCCUAGCCGACAUAGGUAUCAGGCGGUCCUUAUGGAUGAGCAUCAGCAGCUAUCUGGAAGGACGUACACAGAAGAUUUACCUAACUUUCAUACGCCCCUUACUGGAGUAUGCCAGUCCGGUGUGGGGAGGACUGCCGAAACAUCUGUCAGACAAGCUAGAAGCCAUGCAGAGGCGCUGUCUUAGAAUCAUUGGUAUCCCAUCUGACUCUCUGCCCUCACUAUCAGACAGACGGGACGCAGCGACGCUGAAGACUCUACAAGACAUACUGCGGGACAGUAGCUCUCCGCUGAGGGAGUUCUUUACUUCACCUCAGGACAUAUUAGUAGUGAUCUCUGGGAUCCCCAUGCACCUGGUGGAGCAGGGCACGGUCAGGGAUGCCAUCCGGAAGGCAUGUAACAUGUACGGGGGACUGUUCCGAGACGAGGUGUUCGUGCCACUACAAGACAAGGAGGACCUGCCCGUGCCUCCUGCCGUUCCUGUGAGCUCCUUAGACGAGCCGUCAGCGGAAGGACCGGAGGAAGACGUCUUGCCUUCAGAAGGAGGAGAACUGGAGGCGGGUCCGGAGGAGGCUGCGAGUGCGGGAGACGAGGCCAGUGCAGCUGUGGAGUUGGAGACACAGCAGCUGUUGGCCAGCACCAUGGACAGCGCCCCCCUCCCUGCCCCCCUCGCGUCCCCGGAGCAGGACAGCCCCACGGCUGACCACCCCCCCGAUGGCAGACCCCCCUCCCCCCUGGGCACCCCCUGCAUCAAGGGGUAUGCGGUGGUGGAGAUCCGGUCGAAGAGUAAGAUGGACGACGUGCGUUCUGCGCUUCUGUCGAGCAGGGCGAUCGUUGGGGUGGUGACCUAUGACACGGAGGAGCUGAUUGACGUGACGACAGAGGACAUGCUGUCUGUCAGCCCUGUCAAUCUGAACCUGCUGUCCGACCCCCAGGGGGGCCCCGCGCUCGGGGACUACCUCAAGAGCAGGAUCCUCUCGAAGGGCGCGCCCACAGGGCUGACGCAGAAGGCACAGGACGUCAUCACAGAAAUCUUCCACAGAAAUCCGAUCCUCCCCAGCUGUGUUGUCUCGGAGCACGCCUUCAGUCUGGAGUCACCCGAACUCGAGCAACACGAAGUGGUGCAUCUUGGGAAGGAGCAGAUCUCCUUGCAGACUCCCAUGAACCACCUGCACGCAUUCUUCACCAACAUCAAAGGGCCGAAAAAGUCAUUCAUGGAGCAAGUUUCUCAGGUGCUAAGAAGAUACGGUGUGCCCAAACCAGCAGUGAAGUUAAAGGAGUCGGAGAAACCGUGGAAGGGGCCGAAGCUGGGGAACGGGAAACCCUCGGGCAAGAAGGUCGCGCAGAAACCCGGCAAGGACAAACUGGCGCUGGCGGAGGUCACGGGGGCAAAGGCCGUAGUUCAGAAACAAAGCCCAGGUGAGAAGAAAGGUAAGCAGAAGCAGCAGGAGAGGCCAGGUAAGGCAGGUAAGGACCCUCAGCAGGAGGACGGAGCCAAGAGGGAGACACCUGAGGACAAGUACCUGACUCUGGAGGGCUUCCUGCUCUUCGUGGCCGACAAGACGAAGCAAGACGCUCGCUCCGUGUGGAAGGCUAUCCUCGCCUGCGGGUAUGACCUGCACUUCGACAGAUGUGCGUGUGUGGACACGGCUCAGGCUGUGCAGACCAGUAAGCAGUGGACUCUGCGGAUGGACUGUGCGCUGGUGGACUACGUCAACGCGCUGUGUCGCCACCUGGCCAUCAGCGCAGCGCGCCUACAUCCUCACGAGCUGUACAUACGGGAGGCAGAGCUCGCAAGUCCGGCUUUCUCAUGUCUGCAAGGAGUGCCUGUGGAGAGUCUGAGACUGAGGUUUGCCCUUCUGCUGUCCCUGAACAACACCUUGGAGACCUUCUUCCUGCCUCUGGUCGACCUCCGACCCUGCAGUACCUACCCCAACAGCACGGCGGCACUGCUGUCCUGCGCCAGGAGGCUCAUGUUCUACGACACCAAGGUGGUUGUGAUGAACAGCAUCCUGAACGCCACGGCCCAGCGUAACCCGAGCCAGGCCGCGCCCGAGAUCACGCUCGACCCGCUGGAGAUUGUCGGAGGCGAGGCGGUGACAGCGAUGGGGACCCAAUUUUGCCAGGCAGCGCGGCAGCUCAGCAUCGUGCCGUCCUCCCAGCUGUGCGUGAAGCUGGCGAGCGGCGGAGACCCGACCUACUCCUUCAACGUCAGGUUCACGGGGGAGGAGGUCCACGGCACCAGUGGUUCAUUCCGUCACUUCCUCUGGCAGGUGUGUAAGGAACUGCAGGGGCCAAUCCUCAACCUGCUCAUGCUCUGUCCCUCGGCAACAGCCAAUAGGAACAAGGGGAAGUACAUCCUGAGACCAGGACCACUCACCUACGGGGAGGAGAAGCUGCUGGAGUUUUUGGGGCAGUUACUGGGAGUUGCAGUGCGUGCGGACGUGCCCCUGCCCCUGGACCUGCUGCCGCCCUUCUGGAAGGGGCUGGUAGGGCUGCCUCUGGACGAGGACGAUCUGAGGGAGGCGGACAUCCUGACGUAUAACUACAUCACCAGGCUAGCAGAGGCUGAGACAGAGAGUGAUUUCUGGGCUGCGUGUGCGGAAGUUUGUCCUGCCCAGCUGCAGGAGGGGGAGGGGGGCGACCACCCCCUGUGCUCCUUCACCUUCAGCAGUGUGACUGGUGAGGAUGUGGAGCUGUGUGCAGGCGGCAGGAGCAGGAUGCUGUCGUGGGAGAACCGUGUGGAGUACCUGUCGUUGAUCCGAGCACUCCGGUUGGAGGAGCUGAGAUGUGCCAACAGGAUGGCGCCCAUCGCGGCCGGGCUGGCCACCAUCGUGCCUGUGCAGGUCCUCCACAUCCUGACCCCAGGUGACCUGGAGCUGAGAACCUGCGGGAUGCCACACGUUGACCUCGCCUUCCUCAGGUCCCACACCAUGUACCAGGUGGGUUUGAUGGAGACGGACACGCACAUCGAGUUCUUCUGGAGCUCGCUGGAGAGCUUCUCUCAGGACCAGCUGAGGAAGUUUGUGAAGUUCGCGUGUAACCAGGAGCGUAUCCCGUGCACCUGCCCGUGCAAGGACGGCGGCCCCGACACCGCCCACGUCCCGCCGUAUCCCAUGAAGAUCGCUCCUCCGGACGGACCAGGUUCCCCAGAUUCGCGGUACAUCCGGGUGGAGACGUGCAUGUUCAUGAUCAAGCUGCCGCAGUACUCGUCGCAGGAAACGAUGACGGAGAGGCUUCUGUACGCGAUCAACUGCCGAGAGGACCCGCUCAGCGGCUGAACUACUGGACUCACAAGGGGGUUUCAAGAGCACUUGUCUGUACGGCGUGUGAGUCUACAUGGGGUUAUAAGGACUGCUGUACAUGAACGGACUCGGAGGAUUGUAAAUAUUAUCACCACGGUUCAGAAUGUGUUUGUCAGCACUGUGUGUUUGUUAGAGUCUUACUGAACUGUGUCACUCCAAAUGCUUUGGACCAAAGACUGCUGAGCUGCUGCAGUCUGACUGUGAACUGCCAGAGGGCGCUGAUGCCUAUAGCAUAACAGAACACUGCAGGAGAUGUGCACCCUUCUCCUCCUGAAGACCAGUCCAGUCCGGAUAUGGCAAUGUUCUAAUUCUGCACUCUUACUGCUAUUUUCCUUUCUAAAUUGUUCAAAGCUCUGUAUUGUAUGAGGCGUUGAAACUGGCUUCGAGGCAGCAGUAAUUGAAAUGACGCCAGAGCCCAGAAAUUUGCAGUCACUCACCCUUACGGUUUCUUCAGUAGCCUGGAAAAUUGGGCAGACGAAAUAACCUCUUUGAUAUGGGUAUGUGGUGCUGC